AUGUUGUAUGCAAUAAUGGGAUUACAAUUUUUUGUGAAUAAAUCCGAUGAGCCUUAAAGAUUAACUUAAAUACAUUCAUUUAAUGGUAUAGGAAGAUCAUGGAGGAAAGUUUUUAUACAAUUACAAAUAAUGAUGCAGCUGUUAUUUUGA